AGGUUUUUUGCCCACCACCAGUACACCAGAAGAAGAAGAAGAAGAAGACGCAGUCCGCCAUUUGGCUCGUUCAGAUGGUUCUUCUGGUCAUUUUAUUGGUUUGUUACAGUUAAUUCCAGUUAAACCAUUUGGUCCCUUUGAGUUCUCUGUGAGCGAGACAGAAGGACGUCAGUGGGUGCUUCAUGGCGGCCGACCGGCGCGAAGACAAAGAUGGAGAACUCAACGUUCUGGAGGAUCUACUGACUGAAGCUCCAGAUCAGGAUGACGAGCUGUACAACCCCGAGACCGAGCGCGACAUCAGUGACAAGAAAGGAACAAAGAGGAAGAGCGAGCGCUCUAGCAGCCAGGAUCUUAAGAGGCUCCGCCCUUCUUCAGGCCACGCCCCCUCCAGAUCAUCAGCAUCCAGUAAGAGGGGACUAGGCUCAUCGUUGUCCUCUAAGAAGGUCUCUAGUCCUCGUAGCCGCCACACCACUGCCUAUCAUCAUGACUACUAUGAGGAGCGAAAGAGGCGGCGAGCAGUACGGGAGGGAGCCCGGGAAGGGCCCCGGGGUCGUGUGGCAGAGGAGGGACGGCGCAGAGAGUCCCAGAGGGGCCUGGAGGGUCUGAGUCGGAAGCUGCGGCGCGAUGAAAGGCGAGCGAGCCCCUCCCCGCACGGUGAAGACCAAUCAGAGGAGGAGGCUGAGUACAGCUCAGAGCCAGCGUCGGGCAGCUCCUCCACAGCUGCCUCCCAUGUGGAGGAAGAGGAGGAGGAAGACAAUCAGGAGGAAGAAGGAGAGGAGGGCAUGGAGGAGGAAGAGGAGGAGGAAGAGGAAGGAGAGAAGGAGGAGGAAGAGGAGGAGGAGGAAGAGGAAGAAUAUGAUGAGCGUCAUGGCGGUGACGGAAAUGACUAUGAUACCCGGAGCGAGGCAGGAGAUUCUCGCUCUGCCUCCUCGGUCAGUUUCUCUGAUGGCGAGUCGGCACACUCAGGCUCCGCCUCUGAGGCUUCAGGAUCAGAGAAGAAGCGAGAGAAGUUGUCCUCGUCUGUUCGGGCUGUUCGGAAAGGAAUGGAGAGUCCAACCAGUAAGCUGCGAUACAUUCUUCAAGAUGCCCGGUUCUUCCUCAUCAAGAGCAACAACCAUGAGAACGUUUCUCUGGCUAAAGCAAAGGGAGUCUGGUCCACGCUGCCGGUCAAUGAGAAGAAGCUGAAUGCUGCCUUUCAGUCGGCUCGAAGCGUCAUCCUCAUCUUCUCUGUGAGGGAGAGCGGAAAGUUUCAAGGUUUUGCUCGUUUGUCGUCGGAGUCUCAUCAUGGUGGUUCUCCGAUCCACUGGGUUCUUCCUGCCGGGAUGAACGCCAAAAUGCUCGGAGGAGUCUUCAAGAUUGAUUGGCUGUGCAGGAGGGAGCUUCCUUUCCUCAAGACGGCUCAUCUAUCCAACCCCUGGAACGACCACAAGCCCGUUAAAAUCGGACGAGACGGACAGGAGAUCCAACCAAAGGUCGGCGCUCAGCUCUGUGCCCUGUUCCCAUUGGACGAGAGCGUGGAUGUUCACCACGUGGCUCGUCGCAUUCGUCACAAGCAUCAGACCCCGUCAGAGCUACGGCCUCGAGGCCGACCGCCGCAGCGCGAACCGGGAAGGCGUCGACCAGAAGAGUAUGACCUGCAUGGCAGGAAGAGACCACGAGCUGAAGGUCCGCCGGACUUCAACCAGCGAGCAGGGUUCAUCCCGGAUCUACGGAGCCAGCCGGUGGACAGGAGAUUUUCCAAUGUCAGGCGAGACGUGUUCCUCAACGGGUCCUAUGACUACAUGAGGGACUACCACCACAACGUUGGGCCUCCAGCUCCCUGGCAGACUCUGGCGGCGUACCCUAAUGUGGAGCAGCAGCCCCCCCAUCACCCCCCCUACUACCACCACAGCCACCCCCCGCCCCCCCCUCACCAGGCCUUCCACCACCACCACCCCUCCCUGGCACCACAUGAGGCUCCGCCUCCUCGCUUUAGAGAUAAACAACGUGUGCCGCAGCAUCGCGCCUUUGCCUCCAGUCCGCACGACUACGACAUGCGGGUGGACGACUUCCUGCGGCGGACCCAGGCAGUGGUGAGCAGUAGGCGUGAGCGCGAGCGGCAGCGUGAGCGGGACCGCGGUGGGCCUCGGCGGGACCGUGAGCGAGAUCGAGCGAGGGACAGAGACAGGGAGAGAGAGAGGGACAAGGAGAGGGGCCGGUACCGCAGGUGAUCACAUGGUACUGAAGGCUUUAAUUUUGACAGUCUGCAGGGGCUGUGACUGUUUUCCUGUUCAAUUUGGAAUUAUGUAUGAAUAUCAAAGAAACUACAGGAUGACAUCGUCAGUGUUAACGUCCAUUUCCAAAAUAGUUUCUUUUGUCAAAACUUCUUAGAUUCUGUGUAAAAACUUUUUUAUGAUGUGACUUCAUUUCCCAGAAUAUCUCUGUGUCAGUACUGUAGGAUGGUGGUUGCCAACAUGAGGGACGGGGCGCUCUGAGAGGUCCCAUGAUUAGUGAAAAACGAUGUUUUUAUUGUGAAAGGUUGGCUGUUAUUCCUGUCGAAUCCUUCACAUUAAAGGUUUUUUUUUUAUGUUCCAAAUAAAAGUUUUCUUUGUU